ACCAGCUCUCCCAACAUCUGACCAGUAGCUGAGAGCGUCUCCCGCUGCCACUUUGGCUCUGCUUCAGCUGGCAGCUCGUGCAGCUCAGGAGUCCCUCUGGGAUCGCCUCUCCAGUCGCAUUUCCCGUCGUCUGGCUUCACACGUUGUCUCUUUGUAUCCCACUCCUUGGAGCCUGGUGCUCUGAACCGAUUGGACAUUGAUCCUAUGACGCAUGCCCGGAAAAAACAGCUUUUCCUUGUGAAACAUCCAGCUGGUUCUGCUGGCCAGGCCUCGUCGCCAACAGGCAGCAGGAGGAUGGACAGGGCCAACGCAGAGCAGCGGGACGGAGAUGCCUCGGAGGCUCCAAACUGUCCCAGUGGUUUUGUAGGGAGUAACAAAAGCAAGAGUUUGCGCGAAGUGCGAAAGACGUACCCGCUGAGGAGGCGGCUGCUCCCCUCGGUGAGCAAAAAGACCUGCAAGGUGCUCCUCACCAGGCUGGAGGAUGUGGCCGGCUCUCUGUCCAAGCAGACCCCGAGCUGUAAAAAAAAGCACCUUCCCAGCUGGGUUGAGGGUUUGGGAUCUGCUUUGUUCUCGGAACAAGUUCAGCCUGUGGGAGCGAGCAAGAGUGAGUCAUCCGGGGAGAAGUGCGCGGUAACUUAUCCCGGGCCGGAGCAGGACUUUGAUCCUGCUCCCUCGGAGCCCAGGAAGCGCCGGCUGGCCUCGCUGAACGCUGAGGCAGUGAACAACCUGCUGUUCGAACGGGACGAUGGCUCGUUAUCCGGCAGGCGCUUCCGCAGGGACUCGGGGAAGGCUGCUGGGGACUGUACCCUCAAGGGCUUGCAGUGCAAAGCCGGUGACAACUGGCCUGCCCUGGAAAAACCGGCUGUGAAAGCAGGGAAGGGAAAGAACCGGCACGAGCCCAGUCAGAAAUGCAAUAGCUGCGAGCAUUCGCUGGACGAGGUCUUUGAUGAUGGGGCAAAGAGGGAGGAUGGGGCCGUCUCCUACCAUCCCACCCCAAAGAGACUGGCCAGCCUGAACGCCGUGGCCUUCCUGAAGCUGACCCACGAGAAAGACCAGCCCCUGAAACAGAGGAAUAAAUCAGACGGGGAGGGCAAGUCCGAGAACCACUGUUCGAAAUCUACGCUCAAAUGGGCCAAAGCCGGUCGGAAGAACUGUGUCAAAUCCAAGAAGGAGGUGGCUAGCUUAAAAAUGGAUGGGCAGCACGGCUGGCAAGGCCAGACCCUGGGCACGUUUGGGAAAGGGGAGCAGCGGGACUCUUCCAGGCUCUAUGGGACAACAGAGCCCGUCCCCUACGAGUCGCUGUCUGGCUCCUACGCCAGCACGGAGGGCUUCUACCACAGACUGCCUCUGCUCAUGGGAGGACAAGCUUCCAUGAAGCCGGAGUAUGGAAGGCCCGGAGAGAAAUCCCCAACCCCCAAACAGGAAUUUCAUCAGCCUUCCUUUCCCAUGCAGCAGUUCCCUCCCUUGCCUGUGCCCGGGAAUCACGCGGAUUGUGGAUGCCUCUAUGAAUCCUCAGAUCUGACUCCGUUGAACGGGUUUUACGUUUAUUACGGCCAAAGCGGAUACAGUGGCUACUCCCCCUGCUCCGUUUAUCCCAAGGACGAGCUGUCGCAGGCCGCCACCUGCGAGGGGCUCCUGGUAUCUUCCGGUUCCUUGCCGUCGGGCGCUCACUUCCAGCCCCUGCACUGGUGCAGCUCUCCGUACUGCUGCGGGGAGGGAGCGGCCGUGAGCAGCUACAGCGUCUGCGGCGUGGUGCACGUGCCGGAGGGCAGGAUCGGCAGCGUGCACGCCGGACGGAGCAGCUACCCCUACAAAAUGCCUUUUGCAGCAGAAGGCUGCAAGUCUCUGGACCAGCUGAACCUCACAAUCCCGGUGGCAGGACACCCCGCGUCGCCUGCCCACCCGCUCUCAGGAUGUCCUGUGCCCAGCGUGCCGCCGGCUGCGGAGCCCGUUCCUCACCUGCAGACCCCCAACUCUGACCCUCAGACCAUGGCCCGAGAAUGUCCUCAGAGCUCCAAGCCUCCCAGCGGCUCCAAGUCCGGGCUGCGCAAUACUCCGGGCUGCCUGCACGCCUCCAACAGCAAAGCGGCCGGGGGCCAUUCCCACCCCAAGCAGCAGCGGAUCAGCCGGCGCAGGGCCACCAACGGCUGGAUCCCCGUGGGCACGGCCUGCGAGAAGGCCGUCUACGUCGUGAACGAGCCGGAGCCGGCCGUGCGCAAGAGCUACCAGGCUGUGGAGAGGGACGGGGAGAUCAUCCGGGUGCGGGACACCGUGCUCCUCAAAUCGGGGCCCCGCAAGAAAUCCAUGCCCUACGUGGCCAAGAUCUCCGCACUCUGGGAGGACCCCAAGACAGGAGAGCUGAUGAUGAGCCUCCUGUGGUAUUACAGACCGGAGCACACUCAGGGAGGCCGCAACCCCAGCAUGCACCAGAAUGAGAUCUUUGCGUCGCGGCACCAGGACGAGAACAGCGUGGCCUGCAUCGAGGAGAAGUGCUACGUGCUGACCUUCGCGGAGUACUGCAGAUUUUGUGCCUUGGCAAAGCGUCGAGUCGAAGGGAUCCCGGGCAGGAAAACCAUCAUGGUUCCUCCCUCGGAGGAGUACUCCACCCCUCCGCACCGCAAGGUGCCCGAGGACACGGACCCCGAGCUGGUUUUCCUCUGUCGUCACGUCUACGACUUCAGGCACGGGCGCAUCCUGAAGAACCCGCAGUAGCACAGCCCUGCCUUGGGAGCAGGGACACCCUGUGCACUCCCACCCACCUGGUGCUGCUGCAGGUGGGGAGCGCCCAGCGCCCCGUCCUGGCACUGGGGAGCGUGCAGGGAGAGGAGGAGCCCGCGGAGGGAGGCAGCAGCUGAAAGCACAGCACUUCGUUCAAAGCAUAAAUGAGAAUAUAUACGUAAAAAAAAAAAAAAGAAAAUAAAUAUAUGUAUAUAGAUAUAGGGAUUUGCAUAAGUAAAUCUAUAUCUAUAUAUGUAUGUAGAGCUGCAUCUAUUUGGGAGGGUCUGCAGGGGAUAAAAGCCAGGAAGCGACGCAGAGCCGUGGCCGGGGGAACGGCGGGAAGGUGCAGGAGGGACGCGUCAGCGCGGUGUUUGUUGGGUCUGGCUGGGACAGUCGGUGGUUCUCGGGCCCUGAACCGAGCCCGGUUCUUGGCAGAGCACAGGAGAGUCUCCUUGGUCCCGCAGGACAGACUGUGAGGAUUCCCACGGUGAGAGCUUCUUCAAAAUACACCUUUGGGAGCUGCCUGGGUGCGGAGUGGCCUUGUGUGUCGUGCUUGGAUGGGCGUUGCUCCACCAGGGGAGGAGGCGAUCCCCGUUCUCCCUCGUCUUUUCCCUCCCCUCACCUCGCUGCUCCGUGAUUCACCGCCUAGGCUGGGGCUUGGAGCCUGCAAGGAGCUGGCAAGGUGCCAGGUGUCACACCCCAGUGAAGGGUUAGAGCUGGUCCUGUCCCAGGUGUCCCGAUCAAUCCCACAGGAUCCUGUGCCCCAUUCCCGAGGCCCAGCGCUCGCCGGCACGCGUCGCUUGGAAGCUUGGAGCUCACAAAGUGGGCUCCGCUGGGGAGAACCGCGUUUCCUCUUCUCUUCUGAGUGUUGCUCUUCCUCUGAUGGCUCGGGGGGCUCUGGAUUUUCUCUUUCUUCCCAGUUUGUUUCCUGUAGUGUCGUUUACAGACCCUGCUUAUCCCCUUGUGUCUGCUGUGGGAAGAAGCCGGAGGGGGAAUUGGCAAACCCUUUUCUUGCGUGUUUUUGGCUUUUUAAAAUUCCUUCCCCAUGUGACUGUCCUGAUCCUGGGAGAGCUGUUGAAGCCAUCAGCAGCCUCUCCCCCUCCAAACUCAUCCCGGUGUCCGAGCAAGCUCACCAAAGUGGUUUUGUGGCUCCUGAAAGGACCUGAGCAUCGGGAGAAGUUCGCAUGGACCGUGCGAGCCCCGCAGGUCCUGCCUCUUGCCUUACCUGUACAGAUCCCAGACAGACCUUAGCUUAUCUCAACGCUAACUUGGAGUUAGCAAACCAAAGGACAGUGUCACAUCCUGGGGAGUCACUGCACCAGGCUGGGAGCCCAGCCUGAGAUUGCACUAACGUACAGCAGAACCGACCCCGUGCCACCCACGUUCCUGCUGGCUGGAGCCACUCGCUGAAACCAGGGGAUCUGCGUUUUCCCAGUCUUUCGGGGCUUCUGAACUGGUGUGUCCGUGGUGGAAGUGUCCAUGCUGCUUUAAUAUAUUAUCAGUGGGAGCAGCAUCCCCCGUACUCCCUGGGGACACAGGGCUUGUCACCUUGCUCCGUUGGCCGCACGCCUGCCCGGCCUGGAGAGAAAACCCACGGCAUCCAAUUCCUUACCUGGAAUAGUUCAGGCACGCAGGAGUUCUCCAGAGAUUUGCUCUGCAUACCAAAGAGGGGAACGUGUCCGGAGGCGAUGGCUCGAGGGGAUGACAAGGUCUGGCACCCGCCGCAGCAGGCGGGCAUCUCCCUGCAGCUGGUGGAUGAUUCCUGCUGGAAAAUUCCUGUUCAUUCCCACCCGCAUAGCCCCGGGAGAACACCCAGCUCCAAGAAGGGGGGAUCGCAGGUGUGCGAGCGAGAAUUUGUCAGGUGAAGCAUCUUCUCUCACUUAUACCUCAAGAUACUGCUGGUGUCAAAGGGAUUGCCCAGGUCUCUCCUGAACAAUUCGCUUGGCACUGCGGGUCUCUUGGAAUGACACGGUGGGGCUGUGCUGGCGUGGGAAGUGGUGGCACUUCGGGGUCACUCGGGUGAAGGGGUGCAAGGAGGCACUGGAGAAGGUGGUCUCUGAUGCUUCUGGGGGAGGAUAUGAAGUGGUUUUCCCCUCUAGCUGGAGAGGUGGAGCUGCUCCUGCCCGUGACACGGAGGGAACGGCAGCUGCCCGGCCACGGGGGGGAGCGCAGCAGCUGCGCACUUCACAGUGGGUGGAAGGUGAUGGGAAGCCCUAAAUCCACGUGUUUGGCUUCGUGGAGACUCCUUUGCCCCUUGAACCUGAAGCAGGAGAGCUGCUGUGGCCAUUUCUCCCUGGCAGUGCUUUGGACGUGGAAUGCUGCAAGACCCACCGGCCAGGUGAGCCUGAGCACUGCUGCAGCCGGGCCCAGGUGUGAGACCCAGCCUUGGAACAGCAGUAACUCACCGAAAUUCCUCCUUCUGCCCCCUCUCCCCCUGCUCCCACCUUAUCCUGGCUCCUCUCCGGGUAGCAGGGAAGUUAUCCUUGCCCUGGCUCCAUAACGGGCUCCGGUCCAGCUCUGGAGAGGACAAACGUGACUCUUCUCGUGUUGAAUCUGCUUCAGGCCAUGAACAUUGAGGUUCACGUGGUUGCUGAUGCUGUUGUGCAAACAGCAUGUAAAUGAACUGAAAUGUCUUAUCCCUAAUGAAAAGAUUUCCUGCUUUUUUAAUCUAUUAGAUAUGGAAAUAUUUUUUGAAACUGAAAAAUGCAGUCGGUAGAAUUUAAAUCGAAGCGUAAUACAUGUAAAAUAUAUUUUAGUUGAUAAUUUUGUAAAAUGCACUUUUUUGUGUCUCUUCCCUGGUUUCCCAGAUCUGUAUUUCAUUGUUUACAGAUGGAAUGAGAACAUUCCCUAUUCCCUCCUUCUGUGAGAAAGAUAUAUUAGAAGUAAUUCUUAAAAAAUAAAUUUGAAAAAUCGUAUUGAUUUAGAAAACAAA